GUCGGAGGAGGUGGUCCCGACAGCGGGCGAGGGGGUCGUCCCGAUGGCUGGGGAGAUGGAGAUUCCCGAGGCACAUGAGGAGCGGGGGGUCGGCAAGAGGCCAAGGGUGCCAUCACAGUACGUUCUUUCUCCGUUUACCGCGGAGGCGAAGAGGAGAAGGUUCGUCGACGGGACGCACCCGAAUUUAUUCAGGGAGGUGGACCACGCCAAGUGGAAAGCCUUUGACACAGAGUGGAGAGCACUGCAGCCUGGGGCCAGCCGCACGAUUGCUGAGAAGACGAUCUCAAAUGCUUACAAGUGGUUCCACGACAUCACCACUUCGGGGGCUUGGCUCGCCGACGAUGUAAGUGAAAUGAAAAUAUUGUUAUUUAUUAUGUACGUUCGAAAUCAAUUUUUUGAAUGAAAUUCAUAGAUUAACUCCUUUCUUUA